UAGUUACCAAAAUGAAAUCGUCUCUAGCAAUCCCAUUCGCCGUACUACUCUUCUCCACGGUUCGUGCAGAAGAUCGCAGUCUCCAAGGCAGAGAUGCUGUUCUAGAUGCAGUUCAGGCGCAUAUGGCCCUAAUAAAAAAAUGCGCUUUGGAGAAAGUACCUCCUUUAAUAAGUACGAUGGGCGCUCCUCUUUUGCAAACUUUGGGCCCAUUACUUGGAUGUGGACUUCCCGGAUCUCCCACCAUGCUGGAGCCCGUCCAAAAGUGCAUACUGACCAAGCUGCCCGAAGUGUUGUCGUCUCCCGAUCAUAUGUUACUGAUGAGUGUCGCGUCUCUUCUGGCGGGGUACCAAGAUAUUAAAGGUUGCGUUACGUCCCAAAUUCAUGAUGAUGUAUGCACAAUUUUGCGGAAUGCAGUUAGUGGAGCAACAGUAAUGGGACAAACCAUAGGAAGACUAGUCUUAUUUUGCCCAUAGGCAGCCUGCAUGAGCCCCCCCCCCACGCCCUUAUUACGUCCAAGAAGU